UUUGGUUCCAGACGGCAGUGGGAGCAGCUCAGCGUCCUCUCUGCCCUUCACGGGUGACAGACGACCAGCUCUGGUGGGGAUUUCGCUUCACCAAGUGACCUUGAGCCCAGGGACAAGUUAUAGCUCCUGGCUGCAGGAACUUAGAAUGUUAGUAUGUGGAAAAAGUGUCUAUAUUCCAACUGGUGUAUAUUCAAAGAUGCCAGUGUAAUACCAGGAACAGAAUAUACUGUGUCAGUCAGUCAACCAGCCAUACACUGAAUGACUCCUAAAAUCUCAUGGACUUCUAAAGAAACACCAUGGCACGUGUUGUCUUAAUUUCGGGGUUGUUGCAAGGCUAUGUGGGAGCAGUCUGCACUCAGGCUGCUGCUUCGAAGUUGAUGCUCUGCACUUUGCGCCACCUCAGUCUCACCAGCAUAAUGAAAUCACAAAGGAAAACUGAUCACUUGGAGAGAACUGCAACUGUCAUGCGCCGGGAGGUGGUUGCAGCGGCUAAGGUGUGUGGAGCUGCCAGUGAGUCGCCCUCAGUGAAGAGCCUCCGCUUGCUUAUUGCCGAUAAAGACUUUUCCUUUAAAGCUGGCCAGUGGAUUGAUUUCUUUAUUCCAGGAGUCUCUGUAGUUGGUGGGUUUUCAAUAUGCUCCAGUCCCAGACUACUAGAGCAAGAGAGAAUGAUAGAGCUGGCAGUGAAAUAUACGAACCACCCGCCUGCCCUCUGGAUUCACAAUAAGUGUACACUUGACUCUGAAGUGGCUGUAAGAGUGGGUGGAGAUUUCUUCUUUGACCCUCAACCCACAGAUGCCCCUAGAAACCUUGUGUUGAUCGCAGGAGGAGUUGGAAUUAACCCCCUGCUUUCCAUCCUGCGGCACUCGGCAGAUCUCCACCGCGAGCGGGCAAACAAAGGAAGUGGAUAUGAGAUAGGAACAAUAAAACUGUUCUACAGUGCAAAGAAUACCAGUGAACUCCUGUUUAAGAAAAAUAUCUUCGAUUUAGUAAAUGAAUUUCCUGAGAAGAUUGCAUGCAGUUUGCAUGUUACAAAACAGACUACACAAAUCAGUGCCGAACUUAAGCCAUACAUCACGGAAGGAAGAAUAACAGAAGAAGAGAUAAAAGACCAUAUUUCAAAAGAGACUUUGUUCUAUAUUUGUGGCCCACCUCCAAUGACAGAUUUUUUCUCCAAGCAACUGGAAAACAACCAUGUUCCCAAAGAACACAUUUGCUUUGAGAAGUGGUGGUAGGGAGCCGGCAAAGGCGGAAAAAAGAAAGAAGUGAGAUCCAUUCCAGAGAGUAAGAGAUGUUACUUUAUAUCUUCUGUGGCAAGGUGGAUUUACCUCUACUUGAGUUGUCAUAAUUUUUAAGGCUUCGAACUAAAUGACAAGCUGGAGAAUAAAAGAAAAACUGGCUGACAGAAACUUCUUACAAAGACUUCAUUGAUCAAACUAUUUUUUACUAUAUUGAUUUUCUUUUAUCAAUAAUUAUUUAUCUCAAUACAGAUGUUUCAUUACCCUUAUAAGAAAAAUUGUACUUAGGUUUAAUCAUGAAAUUGUGGGGUUUUGUGUGAACUGUAGACUAUCUUUAAAUUAUUUGACAGCAAUCCAUAUGUCUUAUAUUCAAUGAACUUAGAAUUUUAAAUACAUUCUUAAUAAUUUACUUUGAAAAUUAUUUUAAUGCCUGAGUUAACUUUUACCAUGGCCUGAAGCCUUAUUUGAACAUCAGAGCUGAGUUUGGAAAUGGAAAAUUAAGAAAACUGCUUUAGGGAGUUGAAUAUCUAGCAUAUUUGCUGACAUCCUACAUAUCAUGACCAGUUGUUAAUUUUUUCCCUAGUGAAGCUCUUGAUGUCUUAGCUCUCUUACUGCUUUAGGUGGCUUGUUUGGGACAAAGGUGUUGACUGCUGUGUUCCAUGUUGAAUCUGCCUUCCCAGACUGUCUGGCUGUGGGAGUGUGCAUAGGAUUGGUUAGGGAGAUAGAGCCACUUAAAAAUUCUGCUCCUCUGCUAUUUAUUUCCUUGUUUUUUCAGGGUUGUACCUGGCACCAGCCAGUACAGAACACAUAACUGGCUAGAUAACUGAGAGAAAGCAAUAAUGUUUUAAUACCUUAAUGGGGCAAUUCCCAGAGUAGAUGGAAAGAGUGGUAUAGAUUCAUCCCAAGGCUGCUGUGUUGGAACUGCUAAAAAGCAGAUUGUAAUUCUUGCCUUUUUUUAUUUUUAAGAUUUUUUAAAAUCCAAAAGAAGUUCAUGGGCUGCCUGAGGGCUGGCCAUUCUUUUUGUGACAAGAGGUCUUAGACCCAAGGCUGUCAACUUGGAGGACAGUACAGGGUGAAGGGAGCCUAGCAAGGAGACUCAGAAAGUGCUAGAGACUCGGAAAGCCCAGUUGAGAUUCUGUUCUUGAGCUGAUGAGAGAAGACAAGUUGCCCUUUCUUUGUUGUUGCAGCCUCCCAGGGACUGCAGGGCUUGAACACAUAAUUGGUGACCCCUGAAGGGGGCUGGCAUCACCACUGUAGGCUCUGUACUGUUUUGAGUUUCAUCAGGUUUCAAGCAGAGAUUAUUUGUCAAUUACAUUUAGGUACCACCUAGUGACUGGGGUAUGUCCUGAGAAAUGUGGUGUUAGGUGAUUUCAUUAUUAUAUGGCCAUCAGGAUGAUGCUUCACAAACUCAGAUGGCUAUGAUAUCAAUUGUUAUAUGGUGAAAGUGCAGGGUGACUCAUUGUUGACCAAAAUGUCAUUAUGUGGCUCAUGACUAUUUGAUUCAGAUUUGAAUUCAGUGGGAAGAAUAGAGGGGCUUUUAGCCUGAUGGGCAUUCUGGGAAAUGAUCACCUGAGUUUCAGAGGUGAGGGGAAUGUCAGAAGCUCUGAGCUGCCACAGGGAGCCCUGACUUACCAGUUGGAUCCAAAGUGUCCUGGUUGAAGGCUAGGGUUGAGAGCUGAGUACUCAAGAGGCACAGGAGCACAGCAUGAUGACAUUCAGGUGUGUGGGGUCUUCUUCAGGGGCUCUUCUGCCAACUGGUGAAGGUAGCUGGCAGGGGAGAGACCUGAAGGCACAGAGAAAGAACCCAGCCCAGGCCUCUGCGUCAGGAGUGGAGGUACAGGCUGAGCAUCCUCUCUACAGCAGGGAAUAGGAGCAUAGCGGGAGUUUGCUCCCUGCCUCUGUCCAGCCAGCACCAUGCUGUGUGCCUGCUGUUGUCCGAGAGCAAGGGCCAGCUGUCCUGGAGAUCCCAGCUCUGCCUGCCACCCUGCUGCGGACUCACUGUCACCAUCUGUGAACUGCUGAGAUGGGCCAGGUCUUGACCUUUGUUUGCCUGCAGUGUUGUUCCUUUCAGCUCUGUCGUUCCCAUGCUCAGUGCUGAAUAUUGUUUUCUGCUCUGCUGGCCAAGAAUGUCCUAUUGUCCUUACCUGCCAGACCAGUCCACUUGUCUUUGGUACUCCAAGUGAGCAGACCAUAGCUAGGGUGGCUUGGAAUUUAUAGGGUGGUUACUGAAGAGAAUAGACUAGAGCAAGCCCCUGGGCCAGGCUGCCCAGGUUCAAAUCUCAACUAUACUACCUGCUAUGUAGAGGACCUUGAGCAACUCACUGAACUGCAUUGUGCCUCACUUAAAAUUACCAACUUGCAGCUACAGGUGAACAGGCAACAUAACUACUACCUCCCUCAGGACUGUUACAGGGAUUAAAUAUGAUCACAUGUAAAGUGCCAUGCGAACACACUGCAUGGGUAUUUUUCAUUAUUAAUUUGCUGUUCCUUGUCCUAUUCAGAAAGGAUUUCAAGAGGCCUGAUGACUUAGUAUAGUAAUUUGUAAUUAUCAUAUGGGUAGGGAUCUGUCAUUUAGCACUAUACGUAGCACAUAGUAGGUACUUUAUAAAUAUUUGUUAUGUAACGGUCUGCACAAAGACGAGCUGAAUUAAAGGACUCAUUAAGGAUCCUUUGGCCCUGUGAGUUUGUGAAAAUGUUUCUCAUGACAAGAAAUAGGUUAGUAUGAGUCUUGCUCAAAUUUUAAAUGUUGGUAUGGUCACCAGUGUGCAUUAGAAAAAUGAAACAAGUACUUGGCCUUCCCUAAAUAGUUUACCCUCACAGGGGCUUUCUACAAGGCAGGGUGAACAUCAUCACCAAUAGGAUGUCUUCAGUUGGUCGCAGAGCCUGGAGAUGUUCACUGGGAGCCUGAUUCUGUUCAAUAGCCUCUACUAAAAAAAAAAAAGAAAAAUUCCAAGCAUAUACCAUAAUAGAGGAGAUAGUAGAGUGAAUUCCCAUGCAUCCAUCCUCCAACUUUGGUGACAUAAAUUCUUCAAUGUGUAUUUCUAAUAGAUACAGCACCUCAACAUGACCAUAAUGGAAUCAUCAUACUCAACACAGGUCACAGUGAUUCUCUUCUAUGAUCCUCUGUGUUGCAUACCCUCUGCCCCUUACUGGCCUCGUGGCCUCAAAAGUCCAUGGUUUGGAUGUGAGGUGUCCCCCAAAAACUCAUAUGCAGGAAGGUGUUCAGAGGAGAAAUGAUUAGGUUGUAAGAGUCUUAACCCAAUCAG